CCGUAACCCGGAAGAGCUCCCAUUCUGCGUCAGGGCCCGGCGGUGACGGCGGCCGGGGUUCGGUGGGAGCGGAGCCACCAUGGGCUCCUCGAAGAAGCACCGCGGGGAGAAGGAGGCGGCGGCGGGGGCCGGGGCGGGGACAGCGGGCAGUUCGGGCCCGGGCACAGCCGAGCAGGCGCCCCGGCACCGCGAGCAUAAGAAGCACAAACACCGCAGCGGGGGCGGCGGGAGCGGGAGCGGCGGGGGCGGGGCCGGCGAGCGGCGCAAGCGCAGCCGGGAGCGCGGGACCGAGAGGGGGAGCAGCCGCCGCGGGGGCGAGGCCGAGGCCCGCAACGGGAGCGCGCACGGGCGCGAGCGCAGCCAGGCCGAGCCUGCAGAGCGAAGAGUGAAGCGAGAGAAGCGCGAUGACGGCUAUGAAGCUGCCACCGGAUCCAAGGCCAGCUCUGGAGAUGCCUCGUCUCUCAGCAUUGAGGAGACCAAUAAACUCCGAGCCAAGUUGGGCCUCAAGCCUUUGGAGGUUAAUGCUGUCAAGAAGGCGACCGGCACCAAAGAGGAGCCAGUGCUGGCAGACGUGAUCAACCCUAUGGCCUUGCGGCAGCGUGAAGAACUACGUGAGAAGCUGGCAGCGGCCAAGGAGAAGCGACUCCUCAACCAGAAGCUGGGGAAGAUCAAGACCCUGGGAGAUGAUGACCCGUGGCUAGAUGACACGGCCGCGUGGAUUGAGAAGAGCCGUCGGCUGCAGAAAGAGAAGGAUUUAGCUGAGAAGAGGGCCAAACUGUUGGAGGAAAUGGACCAAGAGUUUGGAGUGAGCAGCCUGGUGGAGGAGGAGUUUGGACAGAGGCGGAAGGAACAGUACAGUGCCCGGGACCUGCAGGGGCUGACUGUGGAGCAUACCAUCGACUCCUUCAGGGAGGGGGAGACCAUGAUCCUUACUCUCAAGGACAAGGGCGUGCUGCAGGAGGAGGAGGAUGUGUUAGUAAACGUGAACCUCCUUGACAAAGAGAGGGCAGAAAAGAAUGUGGAACUUCGGAAAAAGAAGCCGGAUUACCGACCUUAUGCUGAAGACGAGAGCGUGGAUGACAUGGCUAUGUUUAAGCCCCGGUCCAUUUUGGCCAAGUAUGAUGAGGAACUGGAAGGAGAGCGACCACAUUCAUUCCGACUUGAUCGGAGCGGGGCAGCCGAUGGAGUCCGAGAGCGGGAGCUGGAGGAAAUCCGGGCCAACCUGAGGCAGCAGGCACAGUCCCUGACAAUGGCUGGACCCCGGCUUGCCUCCGAGUAUCUCACUCCACAGGAGAUGGUGACCUUCAAAAAGACAAAACGGAGGGUGAGGAAAAUCCGAAAGAAGGAGAAGGAGGUGGUGGUUCGAGCUGAUGAUCUGCUUCCUCUUGGCAAUGAAUCCAGUGAGGGAGACUUUGGCUCCAGGUUGCGGGGGAGGGGCCGCCGCCGAGUCCCUGAGGCAGAGGAAGAAGCCCCUGGAGAGCAGGAGAGGGAGGCCCCUUCCCAGCUCCCCCAGUCUGAUGACAACCGAGUAGAAAACAUGGACAUCAGUGAUGAUGAAGAGGGGGGAGCCCAGGGAUCGGGCUCCCCCGAGAUCCUCGAGGAGGAUGAAGUGGAGGCUGAGCUACAAAAGCAGCUGGAGAAGGGCCGGAGGCUGAGGCAGCUGCAGCAGCUCAAGGACAGUGGGGAGAAGGUGAUUGAGAUCGUGAAGAAGCUGGAGACACGGCGGAGCCGGGAGGAGGACGAAGACCCGGAGCGCAAAGGGGCCAUUGUGUUCAAUGCCACCUCAGAGUUCUGCCGGACCCUCGGGGAGAUCCCCACUUACGGGCUGGCUGGCAACCGGGAGGACCAGGAAGAGCUCAUGGACUUUGAGAGAGAUGAAGAAAGGUCUGCCAACGGUGGCUCAGAAUCUGACGGGGAGGAGAAUAUUGGCUGGAGUACUGUCAACCUGGACGAGGAAAAGCAGCAGCAGGACUUCUCUGCUUCUUCUACCACCAUUCUGGAUGAAGAGCCCAUUGUGAAUAGGGGCCUGGCUGCAGCCCUGCUCUUGUGUCAGAACAAAGGGCUGCUGGAGACAACAGUGCAGAAGGUGGCUCGGGUGAAGGCCCCCAACAAGUCUCUGCCUUCUGCUGUGUACUGCAUCGAGGACAAGAUGGCUAUUGAUGACAAGUAUAGUCGGCGGGAAGAGUAUCGUGGCUUCACGCAGGAUUUCAAGGAGAAAGAUGGCUACAAGCCUGAUGUCAAGAUUGAAUAUGUGGAUGAGACUGGGAGAAAGCUGACGCCCAAGGAGGUAGGGGAGUCCCAGGCCCACUGUCCCAACCGAUUCCACGGAAAGGGUUCGGGCAAAAUGAAGACCGAGCGAAGGAUGAAAAAGCUGGAUGAGGAAGCUCUCUUGAAGAAGAUGAGCUCCAGUGACACUCCCCUGGGCACAGUGGCCUUGCUUCAGGAGAAACAGAAAGCCCAGAAGACCCCGUACAUCGUGCUCAGUGGCAGUGGGAAGAGCAUGAACGCGAACACCAUCACAAAGUGAAGACAUCCCAUGUCCCCAGUCCUUUAAUAUUAAAUAAAAUUCCCUCCUUAUUUUUUC